GUUGUGGCGAGGGGGGCGUGGUUCAGCGGAGUCGGCAGCGGGAGAGAGAGUCAGGAGACGAACGGUGAGUGAGUGGGUUAAAUGCAAAUGACGAACACCUGUCUCUUGUUUCAGUAAUUGGUGUGGAGAGAGUAUAUAACACCAGGAGAAACAGGAGUGGGUGAGAGAGAGACGGACUACUGACUGCUGCCCCGCUGGUGAUCUACGUGUGAGAGAAUUGUGAAUGAUUUGUGACCGCUUUGUGCCUGUCUGCACCCCUUUUGUUUUGUAUUUUGAGAAUUAGUGCAAAUAAAAGCAGUCAGUAGUCAAGCCGACCCUGUCCUCUUCCUUCCUGAAUACUGAACCUUGCUACACUGGUGCCGAAACCCGGGAAGGAAGACGGAAGCCGCCGCCAUGCAAUCGUCCUCCGGAUCGCCAUUUGCGGAGAUUAUCACCUCCCUCGCGGUCAUGCAACAAGAACAACACCAGGCCCUGCUGGACUUGAGACAGGAUCAAGAGAGGUGCUUCCAAGUCGUUGUUCAAGCCCAGCAGGAGGACCGCGAGAGGUUCCGGAGCUGGAUUGACCGGGAGGUUCGACCGGAAGCCCUGGAACCUCGAGCUGUGCCCGCCCACCUACCACUCCACAAAAUGGGAUCUGAGGACAACCCGGAGGUAUUCAUCGAUCUUUUUCAGAAGACGGCCGAGCUGUCGGGCUGGCCGCGGGACCAGUGGCCGAUGCGCCUGGUCCCGCUGCUCUCCGGGGAGUCCCAGAUAGCGGCACAGCAGCUUCCGGUGCAGAAUCUCCUGGUCUUCGACGACCUAAAAAGGGCCAUCCUCCAGCGGGUCGGCCGGAGCCCUGAAGAACAUCGCCAGCGGUUCCGUUCCCUGGAACUGGGCGAGUCCGGCCGACCGUUCGUGUUGGCCCAACAGCUCCGGGACUCCUGCCGCAAUUGGCUGUUGGCUGAGGGAAGCGACGUGGAGAAGAUUGUCGAUCGAGUGGUACUGGAGCAGUUCAUUACUCGGCUCCCACGGAGGACAGCAGAGUGGGUCCAGUGCCACCGCCCCACGUCGCUGGACUCAGCCAUCCACCUCGCGGAGGACCAUAUGGUGGCGUGCCCAGGGGUCGGCGAACCCCUCCCAUCUGUCUCUCUCUCCCCGUCUUCCCCUUCUGUCUCUCUCUCUCGUCCUGUCCCUCUCCCCAGGUCCCGCCCACCUGUCCAUCCUCGAGUCCCGCCCCGGGGGCGGGGCGGGGUUGACCAGAGCCAGUUCGGGGGUCCCAGAGCCCCGCCCAGGAGGGCGGGACUGACUUCCGCUGGACAGGACCCCGCGCCUGUUUCUCCGCUCUCUCCACGCCAAUCAUUUACCCCACUCCCUGCCACUGGGGCGGCGGGGAGGUCUGGGCCAGCCUGUUGGCGUUGCGGGGACCCGGAGCAUUUCGUGGACAGGUGCCCAGUGAUGGAGGUUGGGACAAUGGUCCGGGUCCCGGACGCCCCGCAGGCUGCCCCCGGUCAAGCUGGCUGGUAUCAAAUACCUUAAUUGGUGUGGAGAGAGUAUAUAACACCAGGAGAAACAGGAGUGGAAGAGAGAGAGAAGGACUACUGACUGCUGCCCGCUGGAUACGUCUUUUCGAGAGCGAAUUGUGAAUGAUUUAUGACCGCUUUGUGCCUGUCUGCACCCCUUUUGUUUUGUAUAUGGUGAAUUAGUGCAAAUAAAAGCAGUCAGUAGUCAAGCCGACCCUGUCCUCUUCCUUCCUGAAUCCUGAACCUUGCUACACUGGUGCCGAAACCCGGGAAGGAAGACGGAAGCCGCCGCCAUGCAAUCGUCCUCCGGAUCGCCAUUUGCGGAGAUUAUCACCUCCCUCGCGGUCAUGCAACAAGAACAACACCAGGCCCUGCUUGAGACAGGAUCAAGAAAGGUGCUUCCAAGUCGUUGUUCAAGCCCAGCAGGAGGACCGCGAGAGGUUCCGGAGCUGGAUUGACCGGGAGGUUCGACCGGAAGCCCUGGAACCUCGAGCUGUGCCCGCCCACCUACCACUCCACAAAAUGGGAUCUGAGGACGACCCGGAGGUAUUCAUCGACCUUUUCCAGAAGACGGCCGAGCUGUCGGGCUGGCCGCGGGACCAGUGGCCGAUGCGCCUGGUCCCGUUGCUCUCCGGGGAGUCCCAGAUAGCGGCACAGCAGCUUCCGGUGCAGAAUCUCCUGGUCUUCGACGACCUGAAAAGGGCCAUCCUCCAGCGGGUCCCUGGAACUGGGCGAGUCCGGCCGACCGUUCGUGUUGGCCCAACAGCUUCGGGACUCCUGCCGCAAAUGGCUGUUGGCUGAGGGAAGCGACGUGGAGAAGAUUGUCGAUCGAGUGGUACUGGAGCAGUUCAUUACUCGGCUCCCACGGAGGACAGCCGAGUGGGUCCAGUGCCACCGCCCCAUCCACCUUGCGGAGGACCAUAUGGUGGCGUGCCCAGGGGUCGGCGAACCCCUCCCAUCUGUCUCUCUCUCUCCUUCUUCCCCUUCUGUUCCUCUCUCUCGUCCUGUCCCUCUCCCCAGGUCCCGCCCACCUGUCCAUCCUCGAGUCCCGCCCCGGGGGCGGGGCGGGUUUGACCAGAGCCAGUUGGGGGGUCCCAGAGCCCCGCCCAGGAGGGCGGGAUUGACUUCCGCUGGACAGGACCCCGCUCCUGUUUCUCCGCUUUCUCCACGCCAAUCAUUUACCCCACUCCCUGCCACUGGGGCGGCGGGGAGGUCUGGGCCAGCCUGUUGGCGUUGCGGGGACCCGGAGCAUUUCGUGGACAGGUGCCCAGUGAUGGAGGUUGGGACAAUGGUCCGGGUCCCGGACGCCCCGCAGGCUGCCCCCGGUCAAGCUGGCUGGUAUCAAAUACCUGUGAGUAUCAAGGGGGGUACCUAUCAGGCCUUGGUGGAUUCAGGCUGUAACCAAACCUCGAUCCAUCAAAGCCUGAUGUCAUCCGGGGCAUUGGAUACAAGCCGCGUGGUUAAGGUGCGGUGUGUACACGGGGAUGUGGUGGUAUAUCCGGUAGUGCCGGUCAUUAUCCAAUUCAGGGGCCAAAAGCAUAGCGUUGAGGUGGCAGUUAAUCCGCACCUCCGGCAUCCGUUAAUUUUGGGGACAAAUUGGCCAGCAUUUUCUGAAUUAUUGGGUUAUUUAUGCACGGAUGCCUCUUGGGGGAAAAAGGCGAUGGUUGGGGAUGCGCAAGUACAGGCGGGAGAGACUGAACGGGGACCACUGAGUGCUGCUUCAGGGGAACAGAGUGAAAUUGAGAGAAUAAUUCUCUCGGAUCGCGAUGACUUUCCCCUGGAGCAGUCUCAGGAUGAGACCCUAAAACGUGCAUUUGAGCAGGUCCAAACCAUCGACGGUCAGCCUCUCCAGGCUGGACGGGCGCUUACCUAUCCAUAUUUUGCAGUUAUAAAAAAAUCGGUUGUUUUGGGUGACCCAAGACACCCAGACAAAAGAAGAUACAACCCAGUUGUUAGUUCCAAGGAGCCGCAGGGAAAUGCUUUUCCAAGCGGCUCAUUCUAAUCCAAUGGCUCGACACUUAGGACAGGCAACGACACUAAAUCGCAUCAUGACCCGAUUCUUUUGGCCGGGCAUUCACGAGAAUGUGCGCAGGUGGUGUGCGUCUUGUCGUGAAUGUCAGUUGGUAAAUCCACCGGCCACCCCAAAAGCGCCUUUGCGCCCCCUCCCAUUAAUGCAGGUCCCCUUCGAGAGAAUUGGUAUGGACCUCAUCGGGCCAUUAGAGCGAUCAGCCAGGGGACAUCGCUUUGCAUUAGUCAUUGUGGAUUAUGCAACUCGAUAUCCUGAAGCAGUGGCCCGCGAAGAGUGUUGCGGACGCACUGUUUACUUUAAUCUCCCGGGUGGGGAUUCCAAAAGAAAUCCUCACCGAUCAAGGCACAGCGUUUAUGUCACGUACUUUACGCGAACUUUACGAAUUAUUGGGCAUUAAACGGUCCGUACCAGCGUCUUUCACCCACAAACUGACAGGCUGGUCGAACGUUUUAAUCGCACGCUUAAAACCAUGAUUCAUAAAUUCGUGCAAGAAGACGCCAAAAAUUGGGAUAAAUGGUUAGAACCCCUGUUGUUCGCUGUGCGAGAAGUCCCGCAAGCCUCCACGGGGUUUUCCCCCUUCGAGCUUCUUUACGGACGCCAGCCCCGCGGGGUACUGGAUGUCCUGAGAGAAACUUGGGAGGACGGACCAUCUCAGAGUAAAAACGAAAUUCAGUAUGUAAUGGACUUGAGAACAAAACUCCACACUUUGGGGCGGCUCCCCGGCCUGAGUCGGGCGGUGGGGGUAUGUGGCGAGGGGGGCGUGGUUCAGCGGAGUCAGCAGCGGGAGAGAGAGUCAGGAGACGAACGGUGAGUGAGUGGGUUAAAUGCAAAUGACGAACACCUGUCUCUUG